UGUUUGUUUUUUCUCCAUGGGGACGUUGAGCAGAGUUCACCGUUAACCAUUAAGUGAGAGUUUGAUGUAGUGAUGGCGAAGAGCCUAAAUGCUAAAAUUGUGAUUGUGGGCUGCGGUAUAUCUGGGAUAGCAGCGGCACAUAGACUUAUAAAAGCGGGAUACCGUCACGUGAGGAUCCUCGAAGCUACCGGCAGAGCCGGGGGCCGAAUUAAAACAAGCAGACUCGGUGAUAAAGUCGUGGAGAUCGGAGCAAACUGGAUCCAUGGACCGUCCGAAGAAAACCCAGUGUUUUGUCUGGCCCGACAGUACGGCCUUCUGGAUCCAGAGGCGCUCACCUCCGAGAACCAGGCUGUAGACAUCGGAGGACAUCCGCUCUGGAUUCCUAAUUUCUUCAGCAGUUCAGGGCGGAAGCUGAAUCCAGAGGAUGUGUCCCUGGCUCUGGAAAUAUUUGCAGAUUUGCUAAACCAAGGAUCAGAAUUUCAGAAUCAAAAGGGAGAGCCGUUUGCCAGUGUGGGAGAGUUCAUACGAUCAGAGGUGAAGAAACGAACUGCAGAGAAAUGGAGGGAUGAGGAUCCAGCUGUCAGAUCUCUGCGACUGUGUGCGAUCAGCAACAUGCUGAAGGUGGAGUGCUGCGUUAACGGCGCCCAUAGCAUGGAUGAGGUGGGUCUGGGAGCCUUUGGGCAGUACAAGACUCUUCCUGGACUGGACUGUACAUUCCCAGGUGGUUUUGAGGGCCUCAUCCAAAAGUUGAUGUCGGAACUCCCUGAUGAUGUGGUGACGUAUAAUCGUCCUGUGCGGCGUGUCCACUGGAAUAACGCAGAGUGCGGAGAAAACCCGGUCACCGUUGAGUGUCACGACGGGGAAAAGAUGCUCGCUGAUCACGUCAUCGUCUCAGUUCCUCUAGGGUACUUGAAGAAGGAGUGUUCCAGUCUUUUCCAACCCCCCCUCCCUCUGCACAAGCUGCACUCCAUCCAGAGGCUUGGGUUUGGAACAAACAACAAAGUAUUUGUGGAGUUUGACGAGCCGUGGUGGGAUGCUGACUGCGAGGUCAUUUAUCUGCUGUGGGAAGACGAGCAGGACGCCAUGGUGGAUCAAGUCUCAGACGUGCAGAAGUCCUGGAUAAAAAAACUGUUUGGCUUCACUGUUCUGAAACCCACUGAAAGGUAUGGCCAUGUUUUGUGUGGCUGGAUUGCAGGGCAUGAAUCAGAGUACAUGGAAACGCUGUCUGAGCUGGAGGUGGCUCAUGCCAUCACACAACUGAUCCGCAGGUUUACAGGGAAUCCUGUCAUCACUCCACGGAGAGUUCUUCGUUCCCGAUGGUUUUCCGACCCCUGGACCUGUGGAUCUUACAGCUACCUCGGAAAAGGCUGCUCUGAGCAGGACCUGGACAACAUGAUGGAGCCACUGCCACCAAGAGGAUCAAAGUCACAACCCCUGCAGGUUUUGUUUGCUGGAGAGGCAACCCAUCCCUCUUACUUCUCUACCGUCCAUGGAGCUCUUCUGACAGGAAGAAGAGAAGCUGAUAGACUCAUUUCUCACUACUCCUCCACUAGUCUAUCUGAAGUUCCCAAGUCCAAGCUUUGAAGAAAUUACCUUCUAAGAGAUGACCAUCAACAUGUGAUCACAUUUUCUAAGAUCAACAUUACAAAUGAACAAUAUAAUUAAAUACACAAUCUUUGAGGUUUUUAAUGAAAUUCACCUAAACCAAACUGUACGUUGUAGCAUCUUUUUAUUUUUUUAAAUUUUUGUGAAUUAGCUUAAAUAACAGCAACUUUCAGUAAACAAAAAACAUCUAAAUUAAGUUUUAAAUUGUUGAUUAUUUUUUUAAAAAGUAAAUUAAAUUGUACCUAUUUUUCUGAGUGUAAAAGAUGGUUCUGUGAGCCUAUAAAAAAUUCAGAAAUAAAGACAAAAUCAAAAAUA